AUGGCUAGUAUACAGGCUAAUAAAAGGUUAACCAAAGAGUACAAAAAUAUUGUGAACAACCCCCCUCCAUAUAUUGUCGCUGCUCCUCAUGAAGAUAAUAUUUUAGAAUGGCAUUAUGUGAUUACUGGUCCACCAGAAACUCCAUACGAGAAUGGUCAAUACCACGGGACAUUAACUUUCCCUUCGGAUUAUCCUUUUAACCCUCCAGCGAUCCGUAUGAUUACACCAAAUGGGAGAUUCACAGAGAACACAAGACUUUGUCUCUCAAUGAGUGACUAUCACCCAGAAGCAUGGAACCCAGCAUGGUCUGUGGUUACUAUUUUGAACGGGUUGUUGAGUUUUAUGACCGGAGAUGAGCAAACUACAGGGUCGAUAUCGACUUCUGACAGAGAGAAACGGAUCCUUGCUAAGAAAUCGAAAUAUUUCAACACUUAUAAGAAUGUUAAAUUCAAGAACAUGUUUCCCGAUAUGGUAGAAUCGAAUAUUGAGGACUUAGAGAAGGAGGCAGCGAUGGAGGCGCAGUCUAAGAUGCUGCAACAAAAGGAGGAAAGCGAUGCUCAGAAAUUUGCUGCUGAAAAGGCCACCUCACUCGAUGAUAUCUCGGAUCCUGAGGAUAGAGUAAGAAUUCAGGAGCUCUUAAAGCUAGAGACCGAAAAAAAGCGCGAGAAUAAAGAUGUUCGCGAGAACAGUAGCAUAAAAUCCCUGCUUUGUCUGGCAUUAGCAAUAGCGAUUUUCUUUGUAGGAUUGAUAAUGAAAUAA